AAAGAGGCUUGCUGUGCUUUCGCGAAAUUCCUGGAAUUCCUCGUCCUUUCGUCGAUCAUGUAGAUUCCUCCAUUUUCUGGAGAACAGGCGAGCUCUCAGUGGAUUUUGUAAACACACGUGAGGCGUCGAAACGGGAGUUAAGAUGGACAACACGAAGCUCAUGUCAGCCUUUGCCAUUCACUCGAAACGUCGUAAAAGUGCCGACGCAACCCCUCCAGAAGCGAAAGUGAGACGCACACGUUCGUCAGCAAGUGAAUCCCAGAACUCUCGGGGCUUCAAGACCCCCUCGAAACUGAGUCUCUCUGCUCACGUGGCCAUUGAGGACAUUGAGAAUAUUCUGAAGACGUCAAAGACAGCGAACGGUAUCCAGAGUGCGAAGCACAACGACGAAGUGCUGACACCAGGGAAGAGUAGAAAGAAGAAGAGAACGACGAGAUCAGGGUCGUCACUGUGUAUUGACGAGCCUGUGGCCAAUAAUGAGGUGGAGGACGUUGCUCCAGUCCCUGAAGACAUUUCCCCAGAGGUACCCGAGGUGAAGCUCACUCCAAAAACGCCGGCCAAGGGGAAGAAGUCGAUCAAGGGAGUCCAGAAGAAUAAAAAGACUGUUAAGAGUCAGAAACCGGUGAUUCCAAUGCGCCUUCCUGAUGGGCUUGAUGAUUCCCAGCAGGAGGAGAUUCUGAAUGACAUCAAUCCACCAGAGGAGGCCUCCACCCUUUUUGAUUGGGUCAUUCAUCCUCUCAAUGUAGACGCGUUCUUCAAAAACAACUGGGAGAAGGCGCCCCUGCACAUCAAGCGCAACCGCCCCAAUUACUACAAAUUAUUGUUGUCAACCGCUCAGAUCGAUGAAAUCCUCCGUCGCUACUACAUCCUCUUCACGAAGAACCUGGACGUAACGGCUUACGUGAACGGAAAACGAGAGACCCACAAUCCAGAGGGCAGAGCCCUCCCAAGUGUCGUCUGGGACUACUACGCAAACGGUUGCUCAGUGCGAAUGCUGAAUCCCCAGACAUUUAUUCCGAAACUCCACAACUUGAAUGCCACCCUCCAGGAGUUCUUCGACUGUUUCGUUGGGGCAAAUUUCUACCUGACACCUCCUGGCUCCCAGGGCUUCGCCCCUCAUUACGACGACAUCGAAGCCUUUAUCCUCCAGAUCGAGGGUAAGAAACGUUGGCGAUUGUACAAGCCCAGGAACACCUCGGAGUUCCUCCCCAGGACCUCCUCGAAGAAUUUCGAUCCCUCGGAGAUUGGAAAUCCCAUUCUGGACGUAGUUCUUCACGCUGGGGAUCUUCUGUACUUCCCCAGGGGAACAAUCCACCAGGGGGAGACUCUCAAUGACUCUCACAGCCUUCACGUCACCCUGAGUGUUUAUCAGAAGAAUUGUUGGGGCGAUUUCCUGGAGAAACUGAUGCCAGAGGCCCUCAAGACUGCUAUCGCCGAGGAUUCAGAGUUCAGGGAGGGAAUGCCUCUGCAUUACCUCAAGUCGGUGGGCCGUGCUCAUGAUGACAAGGACGAUGAUAUGAGGAGAAUGAUCCUCGAAAAGGCUAAGAAACUCCUCACCAAGGCCAUUGAGAAGAUCGACGUGGACAAAGCUGCUGAUCAGAUGGCCAAGGGACACAUUCAUGACUCAUUGCCUCCAGUCCUGGCACCUUUGGAGCUUCAGUGCUCGGUCUUUGAGGAUGGGGAGAAGAUGGGGGAGGAUGGAGAGGUGUUGAACAGGGUGGAAAUCGAACCCGACACUAGGAUCAGGCUUGCCAGGGGCCAUGCCGUCAGGCUCGUCCACGAGGAGGAGGAGGGAUGGAGGAUCUAUUACUCUGCUGAUAAUACGAAAGAGUAUCAUGAGGUCGAGGUGCAGUUCCUCGAGGUGGGGGAGGAACUUAUUAAGGGGAUCAAACAGAUCAUCGCGGCUUAUCCGGAGUUCAUCAGAGUGGAUGACUUGGAGAUUGAGGGAGAAGAUAAUAAGGUUCAGGUUGCUAGGGAUUUAUGGGAGAAAGGACUUCUCCUGACUAACGUACCUCUCCCGGUGAUCGAUUAACUCGGACAACUUUAUCAAUUAACAAGGGGAAGUGGUGAGUUCGAAGUGAGCCAAAAAUGAUUAUCAAAAGUGAUUCAAAGUUCUUUGCGAGAACAGUUCAUUUGUCCAUUCGUGUUUGGACAUAAUCGUCUAGCAAUGAGUUUGAAGGACGAGGUAAUUGAAUCGUGAUUCAAAAAUUGAUCUAUGAAAUGAACUUUUUCUAUUCUCAGGGAAACACAAUAGAGCAAAUUAAAUAAUCGUAAGGCAGAAAAUUCAUUCGUUUCACAUGACUUUAUAGUAUGUUAUUUUUUUUUAUUAUUUGUUUAUUGAUAAGGGUCAUCAGUAAUUAUCAGUUAACAGAAGAAAGAUAUUUGAGUUUUGGAUUUUGAGUUUUUUGGGAUUUCCCAGCAUCAAUUUGAGGUUUUUGUCGUAGGAGAUUGUCUUCCUCACGAGCUUCAUGAAUAUGACUUUUGCGUUGAAUAAGUUAAAAAAUCUUUAAGGCCUAUAUGGUAAGGAUUAAGUGGAAUAAAAAUUUUUGGUAUGUUAUGGAAAAAUCAAUCUAUAAAAUAGCCUGUUUCGAUUUAUUGAGAUAUCAAUAAGGACCAAUUAAAUGAUUAUAAUGUAAACAACA